CAUGACUUCACCGUGCCAUCACCUGAUUCGGUGGACCGCAGCAUCUCUGUUUCGUGACCGCGAGCUCGUUUCAGGAGACGUGACUCCUUCGCGCCAAUCUUUGACGAUCCCAGGGAGACGUCGCGUGUCAAAUUGGCGUUGGCGCCGCAGCUCAGCCCUAGACCAUGCAACGUCCCUCGUCAUCCUUGCGGGUGCAGCACCGUGCCCGAGCAAAUGCCUCUGUGGCCUGAAGGUCGUCGUCAGACUUGCCGGCAUUCCCUCACCUGUGUGUCCAAUCAUGACGCUGAAACGGGGCGUCUCCUCGAAAAUAGACCCCUGCACACCGCCAAGCUGUCAUCCAGCUCGGACACUCUGGAUGCUCUACUGCCGCGCCUGCUUCACCACACCGCAGCGCCCAUACAAAUAGCACGCCUGCCCGCGACCCGGUCAACUCUUUUUUCACGAUGACGAACGCUGCCCAGGAAGAAUUCAACGAGCUUAUGCGAAACAAGGACCACGAAGAAAGACACCCAGAAGACCGACACAACGACAGCGACCACUCUGACCCCGAAUCUGAAGGCGCCGAAAAGGACCGCUACGAGAUAGUAGACACAGACGACGAGCUAGACCUCCCCGCCGACAUGCGUUCCAACUACUACAUGCCCUCGCACAUCCGCUCUGAGGCCAACACGGGGCCGAAGGGCGUCAUCGCAGAUGCCCAGGCCUUCGAGCAGGCCAAGAAGCAGGCAAAGCGGUUCACAUGGAAGAAGAGCGCAUCGCCACAGCAGUACAACGUCACAGCCUACCAGGAUGAGCGGUUAUCGUCCGACGAGGAGAACGACGGCGGCUUCAUGAAGCAAUGGCGCGAGUCGCGAUUGCGAGAGCUGCAGAACGCCGGUCAGCGGAUACGGUCACGCACAAACAGCCCCAGCAGGCGGGUAUAUGGCAGUAUGCCUGCGGUAGACGGUGAAGGGUACCUUGACGCCAUCGAGAAGACACCGUCAGAUACCGUGGUGGUCGUAUUCAUCUACAACGACCUGUCUGAGAUCUCCAACAUGGUCGAGGAGUGCAUGCGCCAAGUCGCAAAGCGUAACGAUACAGUCCGCUUCAUCAAGCUGCACAACCAUGAUGCAGAGAUGGAAGAGGAAGGCGUACCGGCAGUCCUCGCCUACAAAGGCGGCGACAAAUUCGCUGGCCUUGUGCCUCUUCUCAACGAGUUGCCCGAUGACUCGGAACUCAGCGCUGUCAGCCUCGAGACAGCGUUCCGAAGGCACCGCAUUCUAUAAAUACUAUAAUACGCACGAUCAACCCCUCAGACAUCGUCUGUCGGCAUGUCGCGUGUUCGUACGCUCGGCCCCGUAGCGCUGGUGCCAGACGAGCUUCUAUGCCGGUGCGACAUACUGCUGUCUGCACGACCUGAAGACUCCUCACUGAAGCAUUUUUACGUAUGCUUUGCUGCAGCUGAUGGAUCAUACGAUCGAUGACUUCCUUUCUGUUAUGUUUUACUAGCGAUAUAGACUUGCAUUUCUGGGCAACUGGCGCGCUGGCGUCAACCAGCUGUCGUUUUGGACCAACAUUUUUCUAGACGUCCAGCAUGCAUGGGUGUCUGGGCUAUACCCGCAUGCCAUGCCAGAAUCAACACAUUACCUCUCUCCAUGAGGCACAUCAUCACCAUCUUCCACGUCCACACCCGCUUGCACGUCUCUCGAUCCAGCCCACCGCAUAACCUACCAUUCUCC